AUGGCUGGCACGCAGAGCGCAGGCGCUGGCGACAUGGAAGCAGUCGUGGCGAGGUUCUACGAUGGCAUCUGCCGCAACACUGAGAGCGCGGUCAGCUUGUUUUCCCCGUACGCCCAGCUUGUUGUGAGCCGCGAGGGCUCCCCCGGUUCGUCGCAGGGCUGUCCUCAGAGCCAGAUGGCGCAGUACUUUGCCUCGCUUCAAGUCACGUCAGUGACGCUCUCGUCGAUCGCGUAUUCCCCGAUCCCGGGUUUGCAGUCUCUGUUUCUGCUCAACUGCGUCGGCGUCUUUGGCGGCCCCGAUCUCAAGUUUGCCCAGUCGUUUGUCGUCCAGAUGGGUUGUGGCGUUCUCUCAUCGUCGCUCACCUUUCUUUGCGACGCCGGCGUUGCCCGUGACAUCACCAUCAAGCCGCUGACCCGUGCAGGGACGACCGACCAGCACCAGCCGGCCGUUGCUGCCGCUGCUGCUGCGGCCGCCGUUGCUGUGGCGGCCGAGACCACGCCUGGGCCUACCUCCCAGCCAACGUCGCAGCAGGCGGCGCAGGCCAAGCCAACGGAAACGUGGGCCAAGGUUGCUGUGAGCAACCAGCCAGCGCAGGCCAACGGCGAGGCCACCGCGUCCAAGCAGGGACAUGCUUCAGGCCAAGCUGGCAAGCAGAGUCAGAGUCGCCAGGGCAAGCAGGGCCAGGGCCAGGGCCAGGGACGACAGGCUCCGCCCGCAGAGCAUUUUGCUGCGUUCGGCAAUCUCAAGGGCGUCUUCUUGCGCGACAAGCUCAAAUUCGGAUAUGUCGACUUUUGCGACGCGCAAGCUCUGCAGGCCGCGCUCGGCGUUGGCUCCAUCAGGUAUGGCGACGUCACCGUUCGCAUUCUGCCCAAGAGCAAAAGUGGCAAGGGCAACAGCGGCAAGGGCAACAGCGGCAAGGGCAACAGCGGCAAUGCGGCUGCUGCCAUCACGCCGCCAACAGCGCGCUCAUCGCGGUAG